AUGGCAUCUUCUAGAUCUCGCGCCGAUUUUGUAACAGCCCUAGAUUCCUGCACACCGUCUGAUGUCUUGAGAGACGAAGUCUUGCUUGCGAGUGUUCGUCGAUUCUUCAGAAAAGGAGCGGUAGACGAGUGUUUCAGACUGCUUCCAGAGGAGUUGUUGAAGUUUGAUGAACGAUUCAGACGGAUAAAUCCUCUCCGGACCCCGGUCCCAGCCACACAGCAGCCACCACGGGACACUCCAACCUCGGCGGAAGAAUACUUCCGAAAUUUAAUCCCAGAGCAAGGGAACAGGUUAAGGAGAUUAGUAAAAGUAGCUCAACGUAUUACUGAGUUCCAAAUUCAGGAGAUUGUUGAUCCAGGCGGAGUCUACGAUGAAGACUCAAUCGAAGAAACCUCAAUCACACGGAUAGGGGCAAUUAUCAGUCCAGGCAGCAUCUGCGACGAAGAAUCAAUCCUGAAAACCUCAAUCGCGCGCGCAACAGCGAUCUUCGAGAAAAUAUCUCCAAAGCAAGAUAUCAAAGUAUACCGGUAUAACCUUCUAUACUUCAGCAAUGCGGUAGAUCAAUAUGAAAGCGUGCAACUUGUACUUUCACAAGGACGACGCAAAAAAUCGAUCGCUUUUGAUACAAUAUCCAGGGGUGAUAAGAAAAAGAGGGAAAUUGCACGUAGAACAUACUCUGAUGCCUGUCGAUACUUAGAAUGUUCAGAAAUAGGAGGUCCAGGUUCUCUGUUGUCGAUGAACGCCACCAAAUUCGAUAUGGAAAAUCUCAACAAGGAAGACAUCCAGUUACUGUGCAAUUACCGCAAGAUUCAUACUUCUGUCGAAAAACAGUCUAGGUCUUUGGAUUUUAUCGUGGUAAACGAGCUUGUCAAAGAUCUCUUGGCUCAAGGCAUUGAGAGUGUCGAUAUCACGAAAGGAUCUACCCGUUUAACCAAGCUCAUUUGCCGUUAUGUAGAUACGAAGUCACUUGCCGAGGACGGCAAGGUGCUCCCAAAAGCUAUCACCCCAGACAGCAAUGAACACCGCAGGCGUGCUUCACAAUCGCCAGCAGGGCCUGGGCCUGGAAUAGAUGUCAGACUUCCCUCUCAUGUCAUUCGUCCUGAACAACAAGGGCCUGUACCAAUCCUUCAUGCUAUGCAAAGUCAACAAGCAUAUCAUGCUACUGAACCACGCACGAACACCACCAAAAGACGGAGAGUCUCUGGGAAUGAAGAUCUGCAGCCCCCAACGGUAUACCCAAUUCCAAUACCAGAAAGUAAUGAGAUUACAAUUCAAGUAGAAGGCCAACGCUUAACAAAUAUCUCCAUUGGUCCGGAACAACGGCACGAUUCUACACCAAUAAAGCGCAGAAACAUCAGCGCAGUUUUCCAUAGGGCAUCAGAACAACAGUUGAUCAGGAGAGAAGCGAGUGGUGCUGCAGAUUCGAGUAAUGAGGAUACGAUCGGCACGAACACCAUCUCGAAUGAUGAUGAUUUCCCCAGUCCAUCUAUCACCAACAGUGUUAACGGCCUUAGGAGUCUUCAGGGUCUUCUCUUAUCGACAAAGCUUGUGAGUCGCGUCUACCAUCCACAACCUCAACCCACACCUCAGCGCUAA